UCCGCCUGGUAGUUGCAGGCCACAGUACUUUGUUACUGUACUCCUCCCCUUUGCCUCAAAGAGGGAGGAGCUGAAUCAAGAUGUCUUAAUACGAACAAACACUUUAUACUUUAAAGAACAGUUGAAGAUAUCAGAGAGGAGUGUGGAUGAAUCAAAAAGAGGCAUAAGGUGGAAAGGAAGAGCUUCAAGAAUCAAAUCAAGAAUGGGCGCUAUGAAGUGGCUGGUGUUUUUGGCCUUUCUCAACAUACAUUCACAGGCAGCAGCACAAUCAGUCAUCCAGGUGUCUGUGUUUUCCACCACAUCCAAGACUGUGAUUCUCAGAUGGAGCAGUUAUUCCGGAGCCACUUCAUACAAAGUAUCUACUGCUCUGUCAAGCUCACCAAACAAUCCCAUCGCUUUCGUCAUGUUUGGUCCAAAUACGGUGAUGGGCUCCAUCAGUUCCCUGUCCCAAGAUGUAACCUACACCUUUACUGUAGAAGCAUUGAGUGCAAACCAGGCUGUACUGAGCUCUGGAUCAACCAAAACAUCAACAGCACCUGAUAUGAUGGAUCCUAUCAGGACCGUGAAACCAAAGGACAGCAGUACCUUGAUGGUGGACUUUAACCCAAAGACAGGGGCGACCUCUUACGUCAUACGAGUUGAGAACACAAAUGGCUUCUUCAGAGAGGAUUCGGCAUCCUCCUCCCCGGCUGAGAUCAAGAAUCUCAACCCCUACACCGAGUACCAGCUCAGCAUCAUGGCUGUGAACGAUGCCGGCCGGAGCCAGCCAUCGUCUCAUGUAGAGGCAAAAACACUGUUGCCACCUCCUCAGCUCUCCACCUCCUCUCCCAGUAACGACAGCAUUAUUGUGACAUGGGCUCCCGUUUCUGACGCGGUGCUUUACACCGUGUUUAUGUACAAGUUCGCCUCAAACACUCUGGAGAAGUACAACACGACCAACACCAAUCUGACCGUUACUGGCCUGGAUGCCGGAUCCCUGUAUGUCAUCAAGAGUUUAGCCUGGGAUCCGGAAGGCCGAGAUGGAGAAGAAAGUUUGUACGUCAACCAAACCACACGACCUCCAACCCCAUCUUCUGUCAAUGUGUCGGUGGUGAGGAGUAACAGCCUGGCAGGACUCGCCGUGUCCUGGAAACUCAGCCAAAACGUUUAUGAUACCGUUGACUAUCACGUGACAAGUGACCAGAACCUGAACUGUAACAGCACCUCCAGUUCCUGCACCCUGUCGCCGGUGGGCUGUGGACAGGUUCACACCGUCUACGUCACGGCCUCAAACAAAGCCGGACCCAGCCAUCCAUCCAGCCCAGUGGUUUUCAUCACCUUCCCGUGUCCUCCAGAGUCUCUGACUCUGGUGGAGUCGUCAGAAGGAAACUGCACGCUGACGUGGAACACGGUACCUUACGCAGACGGCUAUGAGGCCUUUGUCAAAAAAGGUGAUGGCGGUGAGGCAACCUGCAACUCCACCCGCAACAACUGCACAUAUCAGUGCCAGUGUGGCUACACCUACCUGAUGUCUGUGUUGGCGUACAACCUGGCUGGCAGCAGUCCUGAGGGGACGAUUCUCAACUACACUACCGGCAACCAUGCCUGCAAAUCCCACACCAAAGACACAGCUCCCUGCAUGCCUACAGACCUGGUUCUGGAUCCAAAGAACUCCUCGGUUGUCAGUGUCAGCUGGAAGCCAAACAACAGGGCUGCGAAUUACACCGUGAGCGCAGAGAGUCACGGUGAAUACGGGCAAAAUGUCGGACGAACCUGCACCACCAGCGGUAAUGGGUGCGACAUCACCGAACUUCCCUGCGGCUCGAGCUUCAAGUUCAGCGUCAUGGCAACCGGUGGCGCCAGGCGGAGCUUACCCAGCUUCUCCACCUUCCUGGAAACAGACCCCUGCUGCCCGGUGAACCUGACCGUGGAUCAGGUGACUCAGGCCAUGUCCAACGUGUCGUGGUCUCACGCCAAGGCGGCGCAGUCCUUCAUCACGUCCUUGACGUCGCAGCGCGGCCACGCCCGCUGCCACACCCAGGACUCCCAUUGCCUCAUGGGAUGCAUCACCUGCGGAACGAACUACACCGUUACCGUGGAGACGUUCAGCACCACAGGACGGGCGACCAACUGCACCUAUCAGGGCUUCUCCUCCAGCCCCUGCUGCCCAUCAGGCAUUAAGCUCUACAUGUUGGCCAGUAACUCUCUGCGGGUUUACUGGCGCAGCACAGCUAGCAGCCACAGCACCACAGUGGAGAUGCUGGGCACCAGCAGCAACUACACCUGCACCGCCUCAGCCGGGGAGAACAGCUGCAUCGUGGAAAACAUCCAGUGUGGAGACGUUUAUCGGCUAGUCGUAGCGCCGCUCACAGCAAAGAGCAGCAAAGUCCCGUUCUGCCCCUACAGACUCUACUCUGUCACUUGUUUGGGAAGCAACGUCGGCACAGUGAUUUACAGAGGAAAAAGAAGCGUGGACUGAUCAACUGUAUGCAGACUGGAGUUACUGGUGGAGUUCAACACACCUGGAUCUCCUGGAUAAUCUCUUCUACUUCUCUUUGACCAGAAAGGAUGUUUUUAUUAUGAUUCAGCAGCAAAUAAUUACUCAUGUUUGAGUUGUUUACAAUAUAACAUAGAAACAUGAUGGCCAAGUAAAACGACCAGCAAAAAUCAAACCGAAAUAAAUCAAGUUCCUUCAAAUAUUUUCAAUAAUAAAUGUUUUCAUUUUUUUUAAUGUGCAAUUUAUUUAGUUGCCUCAGCCCAAGCAGAAAGCCUCCUUGCAUUGAAGCAGCAGAUACAGAUUUUUGCAUCUUUAAAUGAAAACAUCCAGUUAUAAACAUCAUUUUUCAGUGCGCUGUUUCAUACUGUUAGGAUGAAUUCAUGUGUUUUAAAUGUGAGAAACUGAAACAUGUUUCAGUUAUUAAACCUAUUAUCAGCAUCGA